GAUACCUUCGUAAUCCCCAAUUUUUUAUACUUUUGAAUAAAUUAUAGCGUACUACAUGUUGGAAGAUUUGGAAAACAAAAUGGAAUGGAAUAAAAACUUUCAAGCGAACAGCAUAUUUGUGUAUAAUUUUCCAAGUGAAUGGAUGGAAAAUGACAUCAAAAAAAACUUCAUGAUUUUCGGAACCAUAAACAAUGUCAUAAUAGACAAGGACAUAAACAUGUACGCCUACAUCCAGUUCCACGACGGCGAGGCGUGCCAAAAGGCGAUGGAAGUUAUGAAUGGGAAGGAAGUGAGCGGGAAGGUUCUGAAGGUCACUGCCAGGAAAGUGGUGGAAGAGUGCAUGGACAUGAAUGCUACGAAAAUUGAGGCCCCGCAGAAAACUCAACCAAAUAGUGAAAAUAAAAAAACGACACUUUUUGUUUUUUACCUGCCUCCCCAUUGGAAUGACCAAGAUUUAUUCGAUAAAUUUAAAACCUUCGGAAAUUUGGAAAGCGCCACGGUCGCCAAAAAAAAUGACAAAACGAGUAAAGGGUACGGUUUCGUUGUUUACACGGACCCCCACAGCGCCGCAAUGGCCAUAUCAAAUAUGAACAAGGUGGAAGUGUACACAGGGAAGCGGCUCAAGGUCCUGUUAAAGUCCAGCUCCAACGAAAACAGCAAGAAGAAGAUAAAACCCGGGUGCACCAUUUUCGUUUUUUAUUUACCAAAUGACUGGAGUGAUAAGGAUUUGAAGAGGCACUUUUCGCACUACGGAAACAUCCUGGGCGCAACGAUAAAAAGAGAAACGAACGGAAAGAGCAGAGGGUACGGCUUCAUUAACUUCGAGAAUCAGCAAAGUGCCAUCAAUGCCGUGGCCGGUAUGAAUGGAUUCAACGCGGGCAACAAAUAUUUAAAAGUCUCCAUAAAAAAGGGGGAGGAACAGUAUUUGGCCCCACAGUACCUAAACAUCGAUCGAAUGGGAAACAAUUCCUACGGGUCGCCACCUCCGCCUCCCCCACCCAUGACGUGCCAUGGAAACGACUCACCCAACUUCGGAAACGGCGAUAUGUAUUCCAUCCAAAGCACUCUACCCAACAGUAGAUUCAACUCCCGAGUUUCAACCAAUGAAAUGCACCAAUCUUUUAUAAAUUCGCAGUAUGGCCACUUCCCCUAUAACUUCUUCAAAAAUAAUGAGCAGGCGCCAUACAUGCAGAGAUCUUACAACAAGAAUUACAACAACAUGGGAAAGACUUAAAGUGUUUAAGCGCCACCAAGAGAAGGAGGGCUUGUGGAGCUGAUUUUUAUGUAAGCGUUUGUUGGGCCCCCCUUUAAUGGGCAUACCUCCGCUGGGCCCCCGCCUCUUCUGGGCAAAAUACCUUCGUUGAAUCUGCCUCUUCUGGGCAAAAUACCUUCGUUGAAUCUGCCUCUUCUGGGCAAAAUACCUUCGUUGAAUCUGCCUCUUCUGGGCAAAAUACCUUCGUUGAAUCUGCCUCUUCGGGGCAAAAUACCUUCGUUGAAUCUGCCUCUUUGGGGCAAAAUACCUUCGUUGAAUCUGCCUCUUCUGGGCAAAAUACCUUCGUUGAAUCUGCCUCUUCUGGGCAAAAUACCUUCGUUGAAUCUGCCUCUUCGGGGCAAAAUACCUUCGUUGAAUCUGCCUCUUCGGGGCAAAAUACCUUCGUUGAAUCCGCCUCUUCUGGGCGAAAUACCUUCGUUUAACCCGCCUCUUCUGGGCAUACCUCCGUUGGGCCCGCCUCCACUAGGCACACAUUUGAUGGGCGUACAUUUCAAGGACGUAGAUUUUCCGCGUGUCCGUUUCAACGUGCCGAUUUUACGCAUGCACGCGCCCCCCUGCAUGCAUGGCACGCGUUUGUGUGUACCCACGCAUACGCGCUCAUAUGUAGAAUCUCAUUGAAUUAAAAAGAGUCAACCCGAAGUAGUGCUAAUUAGUGCUAAUUAAUGCCAACUGCUACCCCUUCGUGCGAGUUUCCAGCAUGCGUUCGUUCAGACAGCGAGACACUCACCCACACCUACACGCAAUAGGUACGCAUGUCCCGCACGAAUACACCCUCACCCGCGCACACAAAAGCAAACACAAACAAACAAACAAUCAAACAAUCAAUCAAACAAACAACCAAACAAACAAACGCCAAAACACACCAAAACACACCGCUAUCCGUGCACACGCAACCAGGGUUACACAUUCUCCCCAUGAUGUACUCUCCCCCACCAUCUAAUUAAAGCAAACAUAACACCCCCUCACCAAACGAACCAUGUAUGUUUUCUUGUAACCCCCCACAGCAUUUUUCCACACUUUUUUUUUUUGAUGACUUUUAAUCUUGAUAAUUUAUAUGAGGACUUCUGAAAAAAAAAAGUUCGUGAAGUUUUUCAUGCGGCUGUUUAGAGGUUUUUCACGGCGUUGCCGCGGCGUGGCUGCGACGUUGCUGCGAAGUCGCUGCGAUGUUAUUUGCGAAGCUAUUUAUGUGCCUACCAACAUUUCUUUUUUUAUUUAACUUCCGUAAAACUUACCACACAAUCCUCCC